AUGUUUAAAUUGUUCCAUUUCUUUGCUCUUGCAACAUUCCUUUUUGUUCGGAGUUCUUGUGCGCAGGAUGUGAAGGAUAAACCGAAUAUUGUUAUCAUUUUAGCCGAUGAUCUUGGUUCUUAUGAUAUCAGUUUAAGUGGAAAUAAUGAAUUUUUAACGCCUAAUAUCGAUGCUCUUGGCUAUCAAGGAGUAGUCUUCAACAGGCACUAUACUAUGUCAAUGUGUACUCCUUCAAGAGCAGCCUUGUUAACGGGGAAGUAUCCUAUUCAUACAGGGAUGCAACAUUAUGUGAUUCUCCCAGAUGAACCUCGAAGUUUACCUCUAAGUGAAAAGCUCCUUCCAGAGUACCUCAAAGAAGUCGGUUACAAGACUCACAUCGUUGGAAAGUGGCAUCUGGGCUAUGCCAGAAAGAGCUUCACCCCAACGCAGAGAGGUUUCGACACACACUUGGGCUUCUUCAAUGGUGGUAUUAGUUACACAAAUUACACUUUGUGGAUUAGAAAAGAAAUCUAUGAAGAAGGAUUUGAUUUUAGACGCAAUGAAGAAGUAUACAGAGACAUAGUUGGUCAGUAUUUGCCAGAUGUUUUAACUGACGAAGCUACAAAGGUUAUUUCGGAUCAUGACCCAAAUGAUGGGCCACUUUUUAUGUUCCUCAGUCAGCAUGCUCCACAUGCAUCAUCUGGAGAUAUAGCACUUGUGGCCAUACCUGAAGAUCUGGAAACAGUUGAUUACAUCAAAGAUCCAGAUAGGAGAACCUACGCUGCUAUGGUUAAGGCGUUAGAUCGAUCAGUUGGAAAAGUUGUUACAGCUCUCAGGGAAAAGAAUAUGCUUGAGAAUACGAUAAUCCUAUUCUUCUCUGACAAUGGAGCACCUGAAUCAGGACUCUUUGCUAAUUCUGGAUCCAACUAUCCGUUAAGAGGGCAAAAAGAUAGCCCGUGGGAGGGAGGAGUUCGUACUUUAGCAGCUGUUUGGAGUCCUCUCUUCGAAAAGCGUCACUACGUCUCCUCACACUUGGUACACAUAACAGAUUGGCUGCCAACUUUUCUUGAGGCGUCAGGUGCAACAACGUACACAUCAGAAAAUCUCGAUGGCUUUGAUAUAUGGUCAACGCUCUCACACAACCAUCGUCCUGUACGCAGAGAAAUGGUUAUUAACAUUGAUCCAAUAGUUGGGUACACUUCAUACUACUACAACGGAUACAAAGUAGUAAAUGGAACAACUUCAAACGGAGUUUAUGAUUCCUGGAUCAGGUCCAGGAAUUUUGACAUCAGUCCUGAAGCUCCUUCGUAUGCAGAUAUUGUCAUGAAUAGCUCAGUUUGGCAGGCUCUAAAUCCAUUCGCAACGAGGCCUCUGCAGCCAAGAGAUGUUGAUGAGAUCAGGAGUAAGACAAAGAUAACUUGUCACACACAGUAUAGAAUUUUUAACACCUGCAACCCCCUCAAAGCUCCUUGUUUAUUCUAUCUCGAUGGAGAUCCAUGUGAAAUGAAUAAUUUGGCACAUUUUUUACCAUUGAAAAUGGCAAGUAUGAGGAGAAGAAUUAAGAAUGUUAUGAGAAGGAUGGUACCACCUGGUAAUACCCCUGUAGAUCCAAAUGCAAAUCCCGCACUCAAUGAUGGACUCUGGACUUGGUGGCUUGAUCGUGAAAAUUGA